CGAUCACUUUGUUGCUGAUUUUGGUUUUCCGUCGUAGGUCGCGACACGCCGGCGAGCGCUUGCGUAUGCUCGACGCCAAUUACGCGCCAGUCCUCAGCAGCUCUCUGGCAGUCUGUGAGAGCACGGGAGCUCCGGCCGCCAGCGCGCGUGAGCGCGGCAGCAGCUCUCUACCAGAGCACCACUCUGUCAGUACAAUCCUGCCGCAGCAAGAUCAACAGCUGUCGCCUCGCGGGCAGUAGUUUUUUGCUGUGUGUGAGAGAGAGGUUUUUGGAAUCUCCGCUGUCGCGGCGGAAGAGCACCACUCAACGCGUCAGCGAAACACCGCCGUCGCGGCGCCAGAACACCACCUCAACGCCUCAGCGAAAAGAUGUGGGCCGCCCGCGUCCCCUGGACGGCCGCGGCCAGGUACGCCGCCGGCGCGUGCGCGGCGUCGCUCGCGGCGCCGCCGCCGACGGACUGCGACGCGCCGCCGACGGACUGCGACGCGGUCCGGCGGCGGCUCACGCCGAUCGGCCGCUUCGCGCUGCUGUCGGAGACGCGGGACGCGCCGUCGGUGCCCGCCGUGCUGCUCGAGCUGGGCGGCGCGCCGCUCGCGGCCAGGGACCUCGAGCGCGCGCUCGCGGACCGCGUCGCGCCGGCGUCGCCGCGCCUCCGGAGCCGCGUCGACGCCGAGCGGCUGGAGUUCGUCGAGGAUCUGACGACGGAGGAGGCGACGCCCGUCGUCAUGGACUGUGUGGAAAUCAAAAUUUUACGACGCGUUCAGAGUUGACAAUCGAGUCGUCCUCCACGUCAUCGACGCGAUGCCUGAUCGAUGGCGUGGCGAUGCCGGUUCCUCGCCGCUCGACCUUGCGGCCACGUCAUCGCCGAGAAAUGACUUCGUGAAGUUUUGUGCACCCGACGCACUGGUUGAUUUCCACACAGGUCAUGGAGGCGCGGCCGACGAUGGAUUUACCAAGGACGAUCGCCAGGGUCCUCGACCUACCUUUAAGGGGCACGCUGGAGAAGCGGCCCUGGUGGGAGGCGCUCGUCUGGCCGCGCGGCGCGGGCACGGACGUCCUCCUGCGGUCGCACCACUGCAUCGCCGACGGCGCGUCGUUCGGGGCCCUGUUCGGCAAUCUGUCGGACCAGCGCGAGGAAAUCGACGCGCUGCUGAGGCAGGGGCCCCGGCGGCGGCGGCGGAGCCGGCUGGCGCGCCUGCUGCGUGUGAUGUUCGGGCCGCUCGUCAUGUCGCUGCGCCUGCUCCGGGCCGUGCUGGCGUCGUUGUGGAUGGUCGUCGCGGCGCCGCGGCCCCCGCCGCGGCGGCGGGGCCCGCGGACCGUCGCGUGGGCGUCGGACUUCGCCGACGUCGCGCUGCUCAAGCGCGUCGCGAAGAAGCUGGCGCCCGGCGCGACCGUCAACGACCUCUACGCGGCGCUGGUCGCGGCCGCGCUGCGGACGUCCGUUUCGAGAGACGCGGUGGCGUGCGCCGUGCCGGUGCACCUUUAUGGCGGCGCGUUGCCGCCCGGUGUGGACGUGGGCAAUCAUAUCGGCGCGGUCGUUGCGCGGCUGCCCCUGCCCGGGCGCGACGAGGCCGCGCACCUGAGACGGGUCCGCGACGGCGUGGGCGGCGCGCUGCGCGGCGGCGCCCGGGCCGUCGUGGCCUACCACGCGGCCCGGCUCGCGGGCCGGUGCCUCCCGAGGGCGUGGGUGCCCGCGUCGCUGCGGGCGUCGGCGGGCGGGUGCGCCGUGGCCCUCACAAAUGUGCGGGGCCCGCCCGUCGCCCUGACGAUCUGCGGCCGGCCGGUGAAGCGCGUCGUGCCGUUCCUGCCGCCGCCGCCCGGUGUAGCCGUCGGAGCUGCUUUGUCCACCGUCGGCGGCCAGGCCACGCUCUGUUUCAACUGCGCCGACGGCACGCACGACGCCUACGCGCUCGUCGGCGCGGCCGUCGCGCACUGGGAGCGGCUGCGGGCGGCGGCCGGCGAGUAAUUUAUUGACCUUAUGA